GAGAGGCAGGCGAGCAGAGGGGCUAGUUAGUUUGUGGGCUUGUAACAAACCUCCUGCUCACACUAGGAGUCUCUGGUAGUCUUUCAGUCACUCUGUCUCAGUCGCUAAGUCUUCUUCUCCUCCCCCCCUCUGCCGUUCCCCCUCUCUCUCUUGCUCUCAUCUUUUGUUUCUUUCUGGUGCUCUUCUUUAUUUUCGCCUGUUGCUUCUGCUGCCACUGCCGCUUCCACAAACUUAGUCUUGAGAGAAAGUGCUGGGUGAUGGACUGCUGAACGGCUUGUACGUUGAUACAAAGUGAGCUGUGAGCCGAGUAAUCGAGCGGACCGCCAGACAUGGGGAAGCAGAACAGCAAGCUCCGUCCUGAGGUGAUGCAGGACCUCCUGGAGAGCACUGACUUCACCGAGCACGAGAUCCAGGAGUGGUACAAGGGCUUCCUGAGGGACUGUCCCAGUGGGAAUCUCUCCAUGGAGGAGUUCAAGAAGAUCUACGGUAACUUCUUCCCCUACGGAGACGCUUCCAAGUUCGCCGAGCAUGUCUUUCGCACAUUCGAUGCUAACGGCGACGGGACAAUAGACUUUCGGGAGUUUAUCAUCGCACUGAGUGUGACAUCACGUGGCAAGCUGGAGCAGAAGUUGAAAUGGGCUUUCAGUAUGUACGACCUGGAUGGAAAUGGGUACAUCAGUAAAUCUGAGAUGCUGGAGAUUGUUCAGGCAAUCUAUAAGAUGGUGUCCUCUGUGAUGAAGAUGCCUGAGGACGAGUCGACGCCUGAGAAGAGGACAGAGAAGAUCUUCAGGCAGAUGGACACCAACAGAGACGGUAAGCUGUCUCUGGAGGAGUUCAUUAAAGGAGCCAAGAGCGACCCCUCCAUCGUCCGCCUGUUGCAGUGUGACCCCAGCAGCGCCGGACAGUUCUAAACCCGAGGCAUCAACACAACCUUGCUUCUUCGGGGGACUCCAAAUGCCCUUAACUCUCCACUAUGGAGCGGACUGACGAUGAAGAAUGACAAGCUGAUGACAACGAUGAAGAAUGACAGGCCUUCAACAUGCACUGAGGACAUCAAAGAUGAGCACAGGAGCCAAAUUAUCUCCCCACCCCCCUUGAGCUGUUUCUCUAAAACCCUCCGAACCCCAACAAAGACUCAAACUGAAAACGUUCCCGAACCCUCAUCCGGUCCACCCCCCACCCCAUUGUAGUUGACCAGGAUCCCUCAGUUCUCCUAUAGGCACGUCAGUGUAUAAGGCAGGCCUAGAGUAGGUUGUAUAUAAACAGUAUAAACUGGAGUCUCUGUAUCAGUGUCUUUGUUUGGCUCUCUGUGCCCAUCGAGGCUCCAGCCAGGAGACACAGAGCCUCCGUCACUCUAAUGUGUAUCAUACUGUGGACAGAGUGUGUGCAUGAGACAACAGGAGAGAGAGAGAGAGAGAGAGAGAGAGACAUGAUGGUGUUGAAUAACAGGACAUACUGUAGGUGAGACUAUUUAAUCUGCAGAGAAGACUUGUCCUUCACUCAGAGCGAGUACUGCUUUUAGUUUCCUCUUUUCUACUGUGAGAAUGUGUACGUGUGUUGUGUGUUUUGCAAGAAACUUGAUAGACCUCGUUUCAUAUUUUGUGCUGGGACAAAAUGACAUGUCAUUUUAUGCUGCUAUGCAUAUGUGCCCUAAUCAGUAGUUGGAUUUUGUGAAGUCUCAGUGAUGUAAUGAAGAAUGAAACCCAUCCCUUCAUCCACCACCUGUUCCAGUGGUUUUUCAUAUCGGUAAGAAUUUGACAGACAUUUUGGAGUGGCAGUGUAUUACUGCGCUCUAGCUUAAGGAAAAAUAGAAAACUAGUCUUUUAAAGUAUUUGAGUACAGUGUAGAUAUAUAAAAGUGCACCUAAAUUUGUAAAGCAAAUUCCGGUAAUUCCGAUUGCUCAGUUCAUAACAAAUGUGAAAUAAUAAUAAUAAUAAUAACAAAAAAAAAAUGUUUAUUGAAGCUAUUGGGGGGAUGUCGAGCAUGCAAACCAGUUUCUUUCUCAGACAUUUUACAAUGUGAAGAAGAGAGACACACUUCUUCGCGUUCACUUUUAGAUGUUUUUAAAUGCUGCAUGUUGAACGGUUGGGUGCAGGGGUGCAUAGACUAAAUAACACGUAUGCAUGUGACUUAUGUGUUUUACGUCAUGUUUAUUGGAUAUCAGUGGCCCAAUGGCCGGUUGCCCAUCCAGCUCUGAGCUCGCUUCUGUAUGUAGGUGUUGUCACGGUUAGUGCUCCCAGUAGUCGGUGUUAUUGACAGUGUGGGGACUGCCAAAGCUGACACAUGGAACGGUUUGCGUGGAUAACUUCAUGGAGGAAAACGCCACCACACACAACAGUCUAUACAUAUAAAGACACACUGUUUAAUGGGGACGCUGAGUAGUCAGAGCUGAGAGCCUUUUUUUUCCAUUUCAGUUGAGUUCAAUGAUUAAAUUGCCAUCCAAUUGUAUCUGUAACCGGGCCAAACACAGAGAGGACUGGAUUCUUUAGCAACAGUCCCAAUUGUACACUUUCAGUCAACUAGCAUAUACACAGUUUACAGUAUAACGUAAAAUGAGUGAGUAUGAGUGCACAUAUCAGUAUGAGUGCUGGCGUCCCACUGAUAAGAACACUCGCAUUACAUUCAAACGGAAGGAUUUGAUUAACAUUUCUGUCUCACCACCUUUCCCUCUUUCUUUCCUUCGCUUUGCUGUCAAAGAAAAGAGAAGGGGAAACAAAGCUCUCACUGAGGUUUUUUUAAGAAGGUUUAACAAGUUCAGGACCAGUGUGACCCUCCCCCGAAUGUACCUGAGCCCCCUCCAGGCCAGAGCGAAGACGUUUCAGUUUCCAAUUAGAAAAGCUGUGUUUUACUCAAUAACUGCUGUUUUUUUUGUUUUUUUGUGAAAAAGAAUGAAAGAUGCAGACAAACAAAACCGAGAAUCACAACUACUACUGCAAUGAUACUGUCACCAUCUGUUGCUUUUAUUGUAUUUUUUUAUGAUUUUCUUUUUUUUUUUUUUUAAGCUACGUCAGGUGUAACAUUUCUGUUAAAAUACAAAAUAGCAUCUUGUGGUCAAGUGCCAAAUAAAAACAAAGCAGUAUUGUAUAAAUUUAUACUGUACAAUUGUUAUCUGUUGAACAAAACGUUUGUAAUUGUUGCAUUUUGUAGGUUUUGUAUGGUAUCCUGUAUUUAGUGACUGCAGUUUUGGAACACAGGAUUCUGUUUUUUGGUCAACUUUAAAAGGCAAGAAUUAAAUUUACAGUGUAUUGUGUUCAAGCAUUAA